AUGGACUCCCUCAAGGACUACUCGAGCAAGCUGGAGGACAUCAUCGACAGGAUCGGACAGCCCAUCAAGCCCCAUAUCCCCACCAUCGCUCGCUUCCUCAUCGUCGUCACGUUCCUCGAAGACGCACUCCGCAUCUCCACCCAGUUCAGCGACCAGCUCUUCUACCUCCAGCGCCACCGUGGUUUCCCCUGGGGCCUUAGCCAUCUCUUCCUCAUCAUAAACGUCCUCACGAUGUUGAGCUGCUCGACACUGGUGAUUGCAAGGAAACACACGGAAUACGCAGCAGCAGCCCUGUUGGGUGUUGUUGUCACACAGGCCCUCGGAUACGGACUCAUCUUUGACGCCAGCUUCUUCCUCCGUAACCUGUCCGUCAUUGGCGGUCUCCUCAUGGUCGUCUCGGACAGUAUCGACAAGCGCCGCCAGCUCUUUGCAGGAUUGCCCUCGGUCACAGAGUCUAACAAACGCACCUACUUCCAGCUCGCAGGACGUGUCCUCUUGAUCUUUUUGUUUGUCGGCUUUAUUCUCCACGGAUCGUGGUCGUUCACCCGUCUCAUUGGCGCCAUCAUUGGAUUCGGUGCCUGUGUCAUGGUCGCUGUGGGAUUCAAGGCCAAGUGGUCGGCCAUGUUCUUGGUCCUCUUCCUCUCGGUCUUCAACAUUGUCGUCAACAACUGGUGGUCGGUCGAGAACUCGUCUGCUCACAAGGAUUUCUUGAAGUACGAUUUCUUCCAGACUCUGUCUAUCAUGGGUGGACUCUUGCUCCUCGUCACCAUCGGACCCGGCGGCAUGUCCAUGGACGAGAAGAAGAAGGCCUUCUAG